AUGGCCGACCUCUACUUUCCGCGUACCCGCGAUGACGAUGAAAUCUCCCUCAUCUCCAUGCGUGAGGUGAUACCUUCGCCCAUCGACUAUGACGACGACGAUGAUGAGUUUGACAUCACCGACUCUUCGCCCUCGACGCCGACAAUGUCCAAAUCGCAGACCCUCCCCCACAAUCUCAGCAACCUCGGCGGCAGCACUGGCGGUGGACGUGGUUUGGCAUUCUGGCUUGUCCGAACACAAAAAUACAGCGCCUACGCCUUCCUCUCAUUCGUCGGCAUUCACGGAUGCACCUCCGCGCUAACGCCUCUUCUCCUCGGCGUGGACAGCGGCAACUCCUCCCUCCUCCUCGCGCGCACAUACUUCUACCAAGCCACUCCCUACACAGAGCUUCUGCUGAUCCCGGGGACAUUGCUGUUGCAUCUCACAUCAAGCGUUGCGCUUCGAGUGUACCGCCACUUUGCGCAGCGGGCACGAUACGGUGGCCGGGCUCCGUUGUCUUUGUCAACGUGGCGCUGGAGAAAUUUCUCCGCGGUCUCGAAGACGGGAUGGAUUGCAGUGCCGUUUCUGGCGGCUCAUGCAGGGUUGAUGAGACUGGUCCCACUGUGCGUUGAUGGAGACAGUAGUCAGGUGGGAUUGGAGUACCUGGCACAUGGGUUCUGGCAGGGACGGUGGGGGAAGUGGAUCGGUGGCGUCUUCUAUGUUGGCUUUGUGGGUGUCGUGAGUCAUCAUCUCGUGUAUGGACUCGCGUCCUACUGGAAAAUACCGCCGCAGCGGAAGAGAAAGUUGCUUGGUGCUGCAACGGUGGGGACGGCGGCGCUGUGGCUGGGCGGGCUGUCGAGGGUGGUCGUACAAAGUGGACGCGUUGGAGGAUAUCUGGGCAGACAUUAUGACCACUUUUACCAGGUGUUCUUUAGAAGAGUCUGA